AUGAGUGCAAAACAGCAAGAUCAACAUUGUCGGAUUUCAUACUUGUAUCAAGCAGCACAUUAUUUGCUUCAGCAUACUGAAGAAGCAAAGUUUUCUAGACACUAUAUCUCCACAGCAAAACAGGUAUCCCAAAAAUCUGUUUUACGGUUACACCCAAAUAUAAAGAGAACGAUUUGCAAAAAAUGCAAUUCUCUUAUGGUUUUUGGUAAAACCUGUUCGGUGCGGACUGAAGAGCCAUCUAAAAGGAAACCUGAAAGCGAUCGUAGUUUGUGGGUAUGCAAUGAGUGUGGGUCAACAAAGCGCUUUCCUCUCUCAAACGGAAAAAGAAACAAACAAAAGAAGGAUGAUGAUAGAAAUGAAAAUGAAAUGAUGGAGCCAUAA